AAGACCCUGGCUGCACUAUGUCCCAUCCUUGAUAGUUGUGCCCGAGCAAAGAUGAAAUUGCCCAGAGACAACAAACCAGUGCUUGAUGGUUUGUGGACGACAUUAAUAUGCACUGCAUCAAAACCUGAGAUGACCAAUUACAUCAAGAAUUCAAAUAUUUGCAUGCAAGAGAUAAUUCCAAGUAUUAUCAAGGGAAAAAUUAAAGAUUAUGAACACAGCAAGGAGAAUAAAAGUGAGAAGCUUGCAUGUGCUUUAUGAAGGAGGCCUCAUAAGCAAGAAAAAGUACACAAACAUUAGGAACAGUUCAGAUGUUGUAAGAGAAACUGAAAAGAAAAAGAAAAACAUGAAGACAGAAUUUAUGACAGGAUGCGAAGUUCCAAACAUUUUGCCCUACAAAACACUGAUGAGCUUUGUCAGAAGCAUAGAAAUUGGUGAAGUGCUAUCCUUGGAUGAUCUGGCUGGUAUUUAUUCACUGAAAUCAACGUCUGGUGUAUACAGACCAUUGAAGCCUUUUCUUCUGAAGCUUGCAGAACUAUACUUGUUUCUGGACAGCAAAACCCCCUACCUACACUGGUUCAAUGGAGAGAAAGGAGUUUUGCAUGUAGCAACUGGUGCAGAUGGUGCUCCCUUUGGGAAGGACGAUACAGCAACAGCUUCUGUAACGUGUCAGGAGUACGAAAUUGGCGAGUGUUGAGAAGCAAGGAAGAAUUAGUUCAUUCUGGAGCGGUGAACGGAUUGAAAGUGCAAUGUCAUUAUUUCUUAAAGUCGGUGUUUUUCCCCAGGUUCACACGGGCUCCUAAAGGUCACUCUAUUCUAAGCCCUGAGAGAAAGGAAGUGGUGACUAAACUUAAAACACUCAUUCUUGCGAUGCAUUCAAUGAUCACCGAUGACCUCUCCAUUCAGUUAGGAUAACAAAAAGGAUAUUUAUUUAUUAUCCAGGACGGUAAUAAAUCAGUAAAUUCCAAGCCGGGAUUGAAAAACAUAGCUUUAGAUUUGAGAGAUACAAGCGGAAACAUAAUGUGGGAAAAAACAAGCAAGGCAAACUCUUGGAGAACUUUGGCAGAGAACAUUUCUUUCAUUUGUAGAUAGUUUGUUACGCAUCGAUGGAAUCAUUAUUUCUUCUAACCAUGUAUGAAUGCCAUGGUAUUCUGCCAAGUAUACGUAUGUCAAAUCUAUUUCACCUCCUUCCAGAGUACAUUGUGCUUAGUCACCCCCGAUCGAGGGGUGUUACUUUUGAAUCGCUGAUUCGUCACAUUGCUUUCACUUUCUUCAUUGGAAAGCCUGCUUCACUUGCAUCUAACAGCAGUUGUUGAAUUAUCACUAUGUUAGUAAUCAAUAAAU